CUUACCGUGAACCCCAUUAUUACUACCAGUUCACAGCUCGAUAUCACGCAGCUCCCUGCAAUAGUAUCUACAAUAUUUCUUUUGAGAAGAAGCUUCUUCAGAUUUUAAGCAAAAUGGUUCUUGACCUUUCAUGUGAAAUUUCCUUACUUAAGUCUGAAUGCCAUCGUAUUAAAAUGCAGAGAGCUGGUUUGCAAAAUGAACUGUUUUUUACAUUUUCAGUUUCAUCUCUAGAUACUGAAAAAGGACCCAAGCCAUGUAUAGGCCAUAAUUGUGAAUCUUCUAAAAGGCUAUCUAAGGCUAAAACCCUGAUAGAGAGAUUCUUUAGACAACAAGUAGAAGUUGUUGGCAGACAUGCAGCGGCAUUGCCUGAAAUAUACUAUAUUGAAGGUACUCUUCAAAUGGUUUGGAUUAAUCGCUGCUUUCCAGGGUAUGGAAUGAAUGUCUUGCAACAUCCGAAAUGUCCUGAGUGCUGUGUGAUCUGCAGCCCUGGAUCCUACAACCCUCGUGAUGGAAUUCACUGCCUUCCGUGCAAUAGCAGCCUGGUGUAUGGAGCAAGAGCCUGCUUAUAGGCCAUUAUCUUGAGCUGUUUGGUGGUUUAUUAAACACAAAAGUGUAUUUUUGUAAUAUUAAUAUAUAAUAAAUCACUAUUAUACAAAAAUUAAAUAUAUCAGAUUCUAC